AUGAGCUGGUGUUCCGGCACAUUGGCCGCCUUUGACAUUGUGGCCCUGGCAUUCAAACUGAGUGCUGCCCACUGUUUCUGCUGUUUCUUUUAUUGCUUCAAACGAAGCUUCUCGACCUGCAAACGCUGCGUUCCGAAAUGUCGUUGCCAACUUCCCUUUCAAGCAGACUCCAGACCAUUUCAGACUGACGCUCCUGUGCCUCAUUCUGAUCACCCCAAGCUCCCCACAGACACGCGCUGGCAUCUUGCUCAGCAGUCAGACCGUCGACCCCAAGAUGGUGGCAGGUGUGGCUCUGCGCUCCUCCGGUGCCCUGGCAUUGUGUGCUCCUGCUGCCAGGAAUCUUGCUAGAGCAUCACGCACCAGCCUGGGCUUGGUGCGGCCUCCCGGCCCCCUGCCGGCGUGCGGGUGCGGCGCCAGCUUUGGGAAGGUCCCUGCAACACCGCCCAAGUCAAGCUGGGCUGCUCCAUCUUGCUCGCCGGUCCCCAGCCGGCCGCGGCUGCUCUGCCGUGCAGCCAGCAGUGCGUCGGUGGCCGCCCCGGCAACAGACACUCAGGAGGGGGCAGCGCCAGCUGGCGCGGGCGGCGAGAAAGCGGUAGCUCGCAAGCAGCGUGUGCUGAGCGGGGUGCAGCCCACGGGGUCGCUGCACCUGGGCAACUACCUGGGGGCCAUCAAGAACUGGGUGGCGCUGCAGGACACGUUUGAGACCUUCUUCUGCGCGGUCGACCUGCACGCCAUCACACUGCCGCAUGACCCCGCCAGCCUGGCCCACACCACCAAAAACUCGGCAGCCCUGUACAUCGCUGCAGGGAUCGACCCCGCCAAGGCGUCCAUCUUUGUGCAGAGCCACGUGAGCGCCCACGCGGAGCUGACAUGGCUGCUGAGCUGCGUGACGCCCAUUGGCUGGCUGAAUCGCAUGAUCCAGUUCAAGGAGAAGUCGCUCAAGCAGGGCAACGAGGAGGUGGGCAGUGGCCUGCUGACGUACCCGGUGCUCAUGGCCGCGGACAUCCUGCUGUACCAGUCGGACCUGGUCCCCGUGGGCGAGGACCAGAAGCAGCACAUCGAGCUGGCGCGAGACGUGGCCAAGCGCUUCAACGAUCAGUUCGGGGGCAACAAGUGGAAGAAGCGGGGCGGGCGCGGGGGCCGCAUCUUCAAAGUCCCCGAGAUCAUGACGCCCCCCACGGGGGCCAGGGUCAUGUCGCUCACAGACGGCACCGCGAAAAUGUCCAAAUCGGACCCUGCGGAUGGGUCACGUAUCAACCUAUUAGACUCGCCCAGUGAGAUCGCCAAAAAGAUCAAGCGGUGUAAAACAGACGGAUUCGAGGGGCUGGAGUACGGCAACCCGGAACGACCCGAAUGCUCCAAUCUCCUUGGGAUCUACGAAGUCGUCACCGGUAGGUCGAAGCAGGAAGUGUUGGCAGAGUGCGGGUCGUUAAGUUGGGGCCAAUUUAAACCGUUGCUGGCGGAUGCGGUAGUCGCUCAUCUGGAACCGAUCCAGACGCGGUACAACGAGGUCGUGGCGGACCCGGCCUACCUCGACACAGUCCUCGCAAACGGAGCGGCAAAGGCCAACGAAACGGCACGGCUCACUCUGAAAAAUGCGUAUGAUGCGAUGGGGUUUUUGUUGCCGUCAACUCUUCGAUAAGAGUUUUUGGGGGAAGUUGCCGCGUUUUCGAGAACCCGUCCAAAUCGAUAGUGAUGGUUGAAGAUUAUGGAAAGCACUGUCAGUCUCAUAAAUUGAAUCUUUCAAAAGCGUUGAUCAUCGGAUCAAGACACUCCGACCUUUGAAUGUAUCCAUGAUCGUACCGCC